AUGGUGACCGCGCCGAGCACGAGAGAUUCCCUACUAGUAGUUAUCAUGGCGCGCCUUCUUACUGCCCUCGCUCUCCUGCUUGCGUUCACCGUCACUCUUGCAUCAUUCGCUUCUACUGCUGCUGCUCGAUCUUUUCGGCUUCCUGGCAAUGGUGCAUCGGGAGCGGUAGAAACUGCCGGUGGCGUCAUCACGGCGGAGAGCGCGCCGAGUUUUGCUGAGCCUAGCGCGGGGGACGAGCAGGAUCGCCGCGAACUCUUUCACGUGACACCAUCCAACUGCGUUAACGCGAGGAAUAAGGAUUGCUCAAAGGCGGCGGUUCUAUUCUGGACUCCGUUAAGGAAUGCGAGAAGAGGGGCUACUGAUCCAGCAGCAGCCAAGUGCAGUUCCGAGUAA